AUGAAUAGAAAAGUGAUUGAGAAGGUGACUAUUAAACUCUUGAUGUUGGUGAUUUUGAUGGGAACUAUGGUUAUUUGGAUUAUGAUGCCAACUUCGACCUAUAAGAAAAUCUGGUUAACCUCCAUUCGUGCCAAGCUCGGUAAAUCCAUUUACUGUGGGAAACCAGUGAACAUACCGAGUGUUUCGAAGCUUCAGUGGCAUCCAUUUACGAUAAUUUCAAGUAGCAAACUCGAACCAGAGACGUUAAGUGUUAUGAUCAAGAAACAUGGAAAAUGGUCCAGUAAGCUUUACGAGAUGCUUUCUUCAUCUUCUUCUGAUCAGAUAGACCGACUCGCUGUUUCAGUCGAGGGACCCUACGGCCCUAGUUCCACUGAUUUCCUACGACAUGAAUCUCUGGUGAUGGUGAGUGGAGGCAGUAACAUCACACCGUUUAUCUCCAUAAUCCGCGACCUAUUCUACAUGAGUUCAACGCACAAAUGUCUUGAAGAAUUUGGAUCAUUUUGGUGUGUACAAAGAAUGCAAGAAGAAAGAGAGCGAAGCUCGAUUGGAACGCAAUAAGACACGUUCGUUGUUCUCGUGAAUGCCGAUGAUGUCUUAGAACGUCAACUUCUAGUAUCCUGUUUUUUUUCAUUUGCAAUGACACCUCUGAAAAGUGGUGCUCUGUAUUUAAUUACUUGUUU